GUCCGUGUGGCAGUGAAGUUGUCCUCGCCUCCGUGACAGCUUACCCCCGCCGUCCCGCUGCGCGGUGCUCAUUUCCAGCUUCCUCUUCAACAAACGGGAAGUUUUUUUUAUGGCUUGAGUCAUAUGAUGUGACCGGAGGGAAGCAGGAAUACGCCUGUCAGAGAGGAUCCACGGGCUUUCCCCGUAAACAACAGAAAGUCUCCGCAAAGAGGAACAUAUUCUCUGCCUGAGGAAAGUUAGCCGAGCACGGUGAUGUCAACGUCGGAACCGAAACUCCGCCACACGACCAGCUUCCCUCGCCGUGAUAGUCACUUGUAACUGUACUGUAGCUACUGUAAUGUGAUGUAACAUAGCAAAUAUUUAGUAAUGUGGUGUGACAAGUUGAAUGACUACAGUGGACGUUUAGUCGUUUCUCUCCAUAGAACCAUAAGUGUGGCCGUUAGAAGAGGAGCUCGUGUCGGUUCUGACGGACUGCACUGAUUGACUUCAAUGUACGUCAAGUCUCCAACACCCUCUCAAAGACCAUGGUUAACAAAGAGGAACUGGAAGAAAGGUUGAAGAAGCUCCUGGUGAGGCUGAAAACUCCCCAAGAAGACCGACAGUUGGAUAAUCUGAUUCAAAUCAUCCAUGAUCUGCUUUUCCUGGCGCACACCGACCACGCUGAGGAACUGUUUGAAGACAAAAAUGUCCAUGUGCCCCUCAUGGUGGUGCUGUCAUCCUACAUCAACAGCAGAAGAGUCCAGCAGGCAGCCUGGUCAUUGCUGUGUCAGCUGAUUGAAAUAUGUCCCAAUACACUGGAGCAGCUAACCAUACCUCUGCAGGCAGCCAAGGAGUGGGAGGUACUGGGAGUGCACCAGCAGAUCCUGAAGGUGCUAUCCCAGUUCAGUGCAGACUGUCAAGUGACCAUGGUUGGACUCAGAGCCCUGGCACUACUGCUCAGAUCAGACAUCAUUCUUCUGCUGUUGCUGGAGGAGGAAGAGGACGUGUUUGGCCUGGUGGUGCAGGCGAUGAAGACGUUUCCUGCGAGUGAAGAGGUGCAGCUCCAAGGUUGUGCAGCUCUGCAGCUGCUCCUGGAGAGAGUAAGUAAUGUCCACCUUGAGGAGUUUGUGGAGAACAAAGAUCAUGAUGUGGUUCUGGCAGUUCUACAGAGGUUUCCAGAUAGCCCGGAGCUGCUCCUGCAGGCUAUGAAAGUGCUGCUUCCUCUUGCUUGUCCUGGCAGCAACGUGGAAGUGUUGAUGUCAGGAGGCACUCGGUGCUACAGCUUGAUUAUCACUGCCAUGGACGCCUUCCCUGAAGUGGAGGACCUGCAGGAGACGGCCUGCUGCCUGUUCAGGAGGUUUACAUCAGAGAGUUACUACAGUAUUCUGGUGCUAAACGGUGUCCAGAGGGUUGCAGUGAGAGCCUGUCAGACUUUCCCCGACAACGCCACGCUGCAAGCUGCUGCCCUCUCCUGCCUGGCUGACCUCACUGCUACCAUCGUGCAGAACAAAGUGGUGGCAGAGCAGGGUCUGGAGGAAGGAGAGGAAGAAGAGAACAGGGGUAGGGAGGAGGUGGAGGACAUGGGCCUGGGCUGGAUGGAGGACUGCUGUACAGCACUGGAGCUGCACACUGCUGAGCCAGCAGUUCAGGAAGCUGCAAGCUGGGCCAUUCACAACCUGUUAGUGCACAGAGCCAGAGUGAACCAUCCAGAGGAGGAGCAGGAUGGGAGGACUCCUGUUCAUCGACAGCUAAUGGCGGCCAUGCUGGUCCACCCCUCCUCUCCCAGUGUGUUUAAAGCUGCUACCAGUGCCAUCGCUACGCUCAUCUCAAACAACAGUAAAAUGCGUUCUCUACUGCUGUCGAGCGGCCUUCAUGUUAAUUUGGUGGAGAUGAUGAAGAGACAUUCAACCUUAGCAGAUGUUUCCAUCAGCGCCUGCAAACUUUUGCACUUGCUCUUCCAGGGAAGGACAGCCAGUCUGGAUGAGUUGAACAUGGCCAUGAGUCAGAUCCUCAGCACCAUGAAGAUCCAUAACUUCGAGCCAGAGGUUCAGCUGGAAGCUCUGCAGGCCAGUUUGGUCUUCCUUUGCCCAGACAGGAGUUUAAGGGAGCAUGGCAUCUCAGUUGCAGACCCUGACAUGGCUGAUGUGUCGCUGAAGGUCCUGAAAAACCAGUGUGUGGUGGAAGGAGCUCACACUCUCUACUUGGAAGUUCUCAAUAGGUUCAUCAGCUGCUCCACCAUACAGGAGUGUGGUUUGAAGGUGCUGUCCUCUCUGGCUGACUGCUCUGGUGCAGUGGACCUUCUGUGCCAGCAGGGGGCGAUAGACACAGUGCUGCAUACACUACAAAUGUUCCCAGAUGAACGCGAGAUACACUACUGGGGUCUGACCCUGCUCAACUACCUCGUGUCCAAGAAGAAGCUGUCGAGGAUGAUCGUACCUGUUCUGGCCUCCGUUGUGGUCACUUCUCUCAUUCAGUACAGAGAAGACUCCGAGAUGCUGCUGAAGUGUUUUCAGGUGGCGUUGAGGAUGCUGGACGCCUGUUCAGGAGCAGCUGCUGCACUGCAGAAAGAAGACUUUGACAGGCAGAUCUUCCAGCGCCUAAGAGAGGAGAGUGACCAGAGCAUCAACCCACUGCGAAAGUCUAUGUGCCUGGCUCUGUCCAAGAUGUGGUGCGACUCUGAACUACACUACAGCAUGCUGGAAAAGGCCUGCAUGGAUGGAGAUACAACAAUGGCAGAAUGUUUCAUUGAGCUGGGCGCGGACAUCAACAGGAAGACAAAAACAGACUCUCUCAUUUACCAGGUGUGUGAAAGAGGCGGACCUCUGGAACUGGUAGAGCUUCUGCUCAGCCGAGGCGCCCAUGAGCAGCACCUCCGCAGGUCGCUGGCUGUGAGUGUGAAGAGGGGUGACGGGCCCAUAGUUAUACAGCUGCUGGGCCGUCUGGGUCUGGACCUCAACAAUAGUGCCCUCUGCCUGGGCGGCUUCAGGCUGGGCCGCCUGGAUGCUGCUUGGCUGAGCCCCCUGAUGGCCGAAAGAGGCAGAACUUACAGUCUACGUUACAUCAACAGUAAAGGUAUGAGUUUGGCGAGGUACAUCCAGUCUCUUCAGAGGUCCAAGAAUGGAAAUGGUCCUCUCAAGUCAAUAGCUGACCCAUGUCUGACCUCUGGCUACAUUUCUGAUGAGAGUGACGACUCCAGCUUCAGUUUCAUCUCCAUGGAAGACAGCCUGUUUCUCAAUGAUGACAUGGAGAGUGACGGAAGUGAUUCACUAUCUGGCGCUCUGUCUCCAAAGUCACAUAACAACUCAGCAGAGGAGCUGAGGGGAGAGUCCUUCAAGCGGAAGCAGGGACGUCGCAGACAUGCCAGCGCAGAGAGUGGUCAACCUGACAAUGAAAGCAAUGAACCGAUACACAGAAGAUAUGCAAGGACUGGAUCAAACCAAAAAGUCCUGGGGUUUGGUGAGAAUUCUGCUGCUCUGUCCAAAGAGAGGGAGAGGAUCCACCUGCUUGAUUUAUCAGGGAAUGAGUUGGACUCUCUGUCUUGUUUAAUGGACGAUGGCUUCGACAAGCAGCAGCUGUGGCAUCUCCUCCGCUUGGACCUGAGCCACAACAGUCUCCUGGAGUUUCCCUCUCCACUCUGCCAGAAUUUAAAGAGUCUGACUCGAUUGGACCUGCAGGGAAACCAGCUUCAGUCACUGCCUGAAGAGCUGCUGUCUCUGCCCUCACUGAGCAUGCUGAACGUCUCCCGUAACUGCAUCGGGCCCCUGCUCACCUUUGACCCUGCUGUCACCUGCCCAUCACUGAAACAGCUCAACCUUUCUUUCAACAAAAUCACUGCAUUCCCUCAUGAGCUGGGCCGCACUAUGGGCCAGCUGGAGGAGCUGUCAAUGGAAGGUAACAGUAUAACUGAGCUGUGCACGCCUCUGUGUCUGCCGGAUAUCAAGCUGCUUGAUGUGAGCAAGAACAGUGUGGAGAAUAUUUCUGCUGACUUUCUGAGCAGCUGCCCCAAACUUGAAACUCUUAAUGCCUCCAUGAACAAAAUCUGUUCCCUGUCACAUCUGCCAUCCAAGGUCACAACAGUGAAACUAGCAAACAACAGGUUCACUUACAUUUCUGAGGCCAUACUUGAUCUCCCAAACUUGCGGUCAGUGGACAUGAGGACCAACAGUAUUGCUGUUCUGCCUGGCCCGGGGCUCUGGGUGUCCAGCAACAUCAGAGAGCUGAUGUUCAGUCAGAACUGUAUCAAAGCUCUGGUUCUGAGUGGACCAAUCUACAAAUGGUCCAGACUGGAGAAACUCCAUCUGAGUGACAACAAGCUCACUGAGAUCCCUCCACAGAUUGGGCUGUUGGAAGGCCUCACCUCCCUGGAUGUGAGUCGCAACACGAACCUGCGGUCCUUCCCAGAUGAGAUGGGAAAAUUGGGCAGACUGUGGGACUUGCCACUGGAUGGACUAAAGCUGCAGCUGGACCUUAAACUCAUUGGCAACAAGACUAAAGACAUAGUCAGGUUCCUGCAGCAGCGGCUGAAGAAGGCAGUGCCGUACUACCGGAUGAAGCUCAUUGUGGUGGGGAAUGCGGGCAGUGGGAAGACCACCCUGAUCCAGCACCUGAUGAAGCUGAAGCGCACCCAGGUGAACUCGAAGCAGAACGCCGCUGGCAUUGAUGUCCGGGACUGGGCCUUCAGGGACCGGGACAAGAAGAUGGUGCUGAAUGUCUGGGACUUUUCAGGAGGAGAGGAGUUCAGUGGUUCUCACCCUCACUUCCUAACACCCAGAGCUCUCUACCUGGUAGUGUACAACCUCAGCAAAGGAGCCAGUCAGGUGGAUGCUCUCAAGCCGUGGCUCUUCAACAUCAAAGCAGUAGCUCCACUAUCUCCAGUCAUUCUGGUGGGAACCCAUACAGAUGUGAGCGAUGAGUUGCAGCUACAGGCCUGCUUGAGCAAAAUCAAAGAGGAGCUGCUGAGCCACCAGGGCUUCCCUGCUGUCAGGGAUUAUUACAUGGUGUCUGUCUACGAGGACUCGGAUGCCAUGGCAAAACUACGCAAGGCCAUCAUCGGGGAGGCCACCAGCUUCAAGAUCCAGGGCCAGCCUGUGAUGGGUCAGCUGGUGCCAGACAGCUACGUGGAGAUGGAGCGCCGGGUUCUCCAGGAGAGGACCAGGGUUCCCACAGAGUUCCCCAUCCUCACACACCGAGAGCUGCUGCAGCUCAUCCAGGAGAGUCAGCUGCAGCUGGAGGAAGCUGAAUUGCCCCACGCCAUCCACUUCCUCAGUGAAGUCGGGGUUCUGUUGCACUUUGACGAUCCUGCACUUGAGCUUCAAGAGCUCUAUUUUAUUGACCCACAGUGGCUGUGCAACAUCCUCUCCCAGAAACUGGCAUUAAAAAGCUGUGGCUUUUCGGAGCAUCCUAAAGGGGUUGUUCAGCGCUCUGUUGUGGAAAAGUUUCUGUCUGAGACCAAAUGUUUCCCAAAGAGCCACCUGACGCACUUCUUUAAACUGUUGGAGAAGUUUCAGAUUGCUCUUCCCUUCGGCGAGGACCAACUGUUGAUACCCAGCAGUUUGUCCAAGCACAGACCAGUCAUAGAGCUGCCUCACUGUGAGAACUCAGAGGUAAUUGUGCGUCUGUAUGAGAUGCCGUACUUCCCCAUGGAUUACUGGUCUCGGCAGAUAAGCCGCCUACUAGAGUUCUCCUCCUACUUGCUCUGUGGAAGAGAAAAAGUGCUUCGACCUCACCGGGUGUACUGGAGGAGAGGCAUUUACUUGAACUGGUCCCCUCAAGCAUACUGCCUGGUGGAGGCUGCCUCAGUGGAAGAAAGUCCCUCCAGCUUUGUCAGAAUAACUGUGCCCUCUUCAUGCAAAGGCCGGGUGUUAAUGGGUCAGGUGGUGGAUCACAUUGACUCCCUGCUGGAGGAGUGGUUUCCUGGCCUGCUCAACACUGACAUGCACGGCAAUGGAGAAGCUCUGAUAAAGAAGUGGGCUCUGUACAGCUUCGAGGAUGGGCAGGAGAGGAGCAAGAAGCUGCUGGAAAACCUCUUUACGUAUUUUAAAAAAGAUUUUUUGCUGCCAAGCCCAGAGGAUCCACGCUGCACCCUUCCCAUCUCUCAGAUUGCCCCUGACUUGGUAUUGAGUGACCAGCCUGCAGGAACAAUACUGGAUAAGGAAGAGCUGAAUGUAGAGCUUUCUAAGGAGAACCGACUUGGGGAUGGAGGCUUUGGAACUGUUUAUCGAGGUGUCUAUAAAAAUGAAGAAGUAGCCGUGAAGAUUUUCAACAAGCACGCGUCAGAGCUUUAUAUUUACAGACUCCUCAGACAGGAACUGGCUGUGUUGGGCCGUCUCCGUCACCCCAGUCUGGUGGGGUUGCUGGCAGCAGGCUCAGCUCCUCAGGUUCUGGUGAUGGAGCUGGCUCUGCGAGGCUCCCUAGAUUCCCUUUUUCAACAUGAGAACAGUAGCCUCAACCAAAAGCUUCAGCACAGGAUUGCCUUGCAGGUGGCAGAUGGACUCAGGUACCUUCACUCAGCCAUGAUCAUCUAUCGAGAUCUGAAGCCCCACAACGUCCUCCUGUUCAACCUGAAGACUGACUCAGAGAUCAUUGCCAAAAUCACAGAUUAUGGCAUUGCUCAGUACUGCUGCAGCAUGGGAGUAAGGAGCUCAGAGGGCACACCAGGUUUCCGAGCACCAGAGGUUGCCCGAGGUAAUGUGAUCUACAACCAGCAGGCCGAUGUGUUCUCUUUUGGCCUGCUGCUCUACGACCUGCUGACCUGCGGUGAGCGCAUUUCUGAUGGCAUGAAGUUCCCCAGUGAGUUUGAUGAAAUCGCAGUGCAGGGGAAACUGCCAGAUCCAGUAGAACACUACGGUUGCUCACCUUGGCCUGGCUUUCAGGCGCUGAUGAAGGACUGUCUGAGGCAAAGCCCACAGGGUCGACCCACCUCUGCUCAGGUGUUUGACAGGCUGAAUUCAGGUGAAAUGCUGUGUCUAAUAAGGGAGCUUGUGGUUCCCCGGGUGUUCAACGCUGAGUGCUUCACAGUGAGCUCUGGUGCCAGUGACGGCCUGUCUUCCAGCCACAUGGUCUGGCUGGGUGGUGGAAGCAGCACCCAGAGGCUGGGCUCCAUCACAGCCGUGCACCUGGACACCAGCACAGUCAUUGCACAGAAGGUCGACACCAGUCCCGUCCUGUGCCUUGUGACGGUCCAAAUCCCAAACGAUCCCUGUGAUUGGCUGGUAGCAGGCACCCAGUCUGGCUCCUUGGUGGUCGUGAGCACUGGGGACACAUCCACUUGGCACCACCUGCAGAGUGUUACUGACGCUGUCACCUCACUGUACUUCCACGUACACCCUAGUCGCACUCAGAGAAAGAAUUAUUUGCUGGUCGGGACAGCAGAUGGAAUUCUUAGCGUUUACGAGGACUCUGUUCUCAAGCAGGAGAAUGGCCAGCCAGUUAAAACUGUCACUGUGGGCAACGUCAACACUCCUGUCAUGUGUUUGGGCCAGUCAGUGCAUUCUCUGGACAGCAGGUCUGUGUGGGCCGGCUGCGGGACCAAGAUCCUCUCCUUCACCGCUGACUACAAUGUCUGCAAGACCAUCGACACGAGACCAAACCUCAUCUUCCAGCAGCAGCGAUUAUUGAGCGGCGAGGCAUGUGUGUCUCGUAUGGUUGUGGAUAAAUACAUAUAUGUGGGUAAAGCAGGGACACCAACCGUCGAGGUUUGGGACAAGAGGAGUGAGAGGAUGGUAGACUGCAUCGACUGUGCUCAGAUUAUUAGACAUAAGUCUGGCUGCAGAGACAGGUAUGGCAGUCAAGCAGAGCAACGCACUGAGGCGUCUCCCUCCUGGGCCACAGUGAAGGCCCUGCUGGUGCAGAGCGCUGCCACUCUCUGGAUCGGCACUAGAGGGGGCCACCUGCUGCUGCUGGAGCUCUCCAAACACCAGACGCUGCUGGUCACGGGGCCCCGCUGCGAUUCCAUCCGCUGCAUUGCCUCUGCACUCAUACAAACACUAAACUGGAAGAAUGUAGUGCUGGUUUUGGGCCGAAGACUUCCACAUGAUAAGAAUCAAGAUGAAGAGGAGUCUGUGCUGAUGGUGUGGAACAGCAUGCUGCCGAUGGAGGUCAAAGACCUGACAAAGCACUGCGAGAAGAGAGAGCAGAUCGCAGCGAAAAUGAGAGAGCAGCUCCAUCACGACUGAGCCCAUAGCACAUUUGUCGAAAAGGGAUUACCUCUCCGGUGCGUCGAUGUGUCGGCAGCAUACACUGAAGGGGGUUUUACCUCCAUCUCUGACAGUACAUACAUUCAGUACAUUGACCCUGAAAGAGCUAAUGUGGGGAGCACAAUGCAAUGAAUCAAUCAAAAUAAUCUGAUUCAAGACAUUUUUCUAUUUUUCAUGAUUCACAUUACAUUUGUAAUAUGCUGUGUUUUCCCAGUUGAACGCGAUCUUUGAAGAGACAUUUUUCUAAAAGGGACACAGAUGUUUUCAUUUGUCUUGUUAUCAGGGCUGAGAGCAGUGCAGAUGUUCAAGAAGACCUCCUGCUCCUCAUGAUUAGUUUUGUUUACUUGUAAUAUGAUUUAAAAAACAAAAAAGCAAAACAGCAUCUAGGAAGAAAGCCAAAGGAAAAAAAGCCUCAUAAGUGUACAUUUAAUUAUUUAUUUGAAUGUUUAUGAUCGUGUGUGUUUACCAGUGAGCUCAGUCACUCCACAUCAGUAAACAGGACAGGCGACUUGGUUUAGUGCUGCCUGCUUUGUUCACGCUUUUUCAUGUCCUGUUGCUUGAAGUCAGUGUGUGUGAUUGUGUCAGUAAACAGUAUUUUAUGUACAGUGAAGGCUCUCUGUUUAUGUUGUGCAUUUCUCACAAGAUGCAAUAUGGAUUGAAGAAGUGUAUUUUUUUAUAAGAAGAGACAAGUAAAUUUUCAGUGAUUUGGUUUAAA